UCUGCAGCAGAAAAAUGUGGCGAUCUGCUUCCCAAAAUUUACAGCCUUGGAAAUCCUAUGAGGCAGUUCUACCCUGUCCUGUAGGGUGGCUAUGAGUCAGAAUUGACUCAGUGGUAACGGGUUUGGUUUUUAGUUUAAGAGGGUUAAAUGAGUUCAGCUAGAUCUAGGAUGAUCCGCUGUCCCGGUUUGCCUGAGACUGAGGGAGUUCCCAGGAAAGGGUUUUCAGUUUCAGCAUCAGGAAAGAUAAGAGCUUAGUGCCCGAUACAUGUUCAAUGAGCAUUGACCAUUAUUGCUUCUCCUUUCUCCUUUCAUCCAUUUGACAAUAAAAAACCUACUCUGUGCCCUGUCCUGGGAGCUGGGAAUACUGUAGGCGGUAGAUGGAGGGCACUGUGCAAGCACCUAGCUUCAACGGUACACACACACACAAAAAAAUCCAGGGGUCUGGGAAAACACCAAUCCUCCCUCUGGAGGUGACUCAGGUUCCUGCGCAGUGUCCUCACCUUAUGGGUUGCAGCACAUACUUGGAUUCAAGUGGGACAGGCUUCUGGGCCCUUAAGGUAGCAACAUAGGGACAGCUGGGGGCCCAGCUAGAGAAGACCGACAAGGAGAGGCCUUGAAGCGAUUGUGGGUGGAAGGAAAGAAAAAAACAUGCCUUGGGGAUGGACUUGGUGCUUUGCCCUGAGCUGCAGUCAAGGCCUUAGAGGCAGUUCCUAUUAUUACACCCAUUUUGUUUGAUGAGGAAACUGAGGCUCAGUGCCCAAAGGGAAGGGACUUGCCCAAGACCAGGCAGGAAGACGUGGGUAACUGAGAUUUGAACUAAGGCCCCGAGAAGCAGGGGUUGUUGGGGCGGGGCGGCGGCUCCUGCACCUCCCUCUCUCUUGUCCUCCUCGGACGCCUCAAUUGUCUCUACAGCGGCAAGGUUUAUCACGGGCCCGCUCCGUACAGCCCUUUCCACCCUCCUGGCUGCCAGCGUCCCGCCCAGUCCCCUCCCAGCCCCCGAGGGAGGAGGGGAGAAGGAGAGAAAGAAGGGGGGGUCGGGGAGGUCUGGCUUUAUAAAGGCGCUGGAACCGCGCUGCCGGCCAGACCCCGCCGUCCGGAUCCCAGCGCUGCCGGACGCCCACGUGACCGCGCCACCCCCAGCUCCCCCGCUGCGCCCGCUCGUCAUGGCCCUAUUCGGGGCGCUCUUCCUAGCGCUGCUGGCAAGCUCUUACGCGGAGCUCCCGGGUUGCAAAAUUCGCAUCACCUCCAAGGCGCUGGAGUUGGUGAAGCAGGAGGGGCUGCGCUUUCUGGAGCAAGAGCUGGAGACCAUCACCAUUCCGGACCUGCGGGGCAGCCAAGUCCACUUCUAUUACAACAUCUCCGAGGUGAAGGUCACAGAGCUGCAGCUGACCUCCUCUGAACUCCAUUUCCACCCGGAGCAGGAACUGAUAUUACAAAUCACCAAUGCCUCCUUGGGGCUGCGCUUCCGGAGACAGCUGCUCUACUGGUUCUUCUAUGAUGGGGGCUACAUCAAUGCCUCGGCGGAGGGCAUGUCCAUCCACACAGCUCUGCAGCUCUCCCGAGACCCUACUGGCCAGAUCAAGGUGUCCAACAUCUCCUGCCAGGCCUCUAUUUCCAGAAUACACGCAGCCUUCGGGGGAACCUUCAAGAAGGUAUAUGACUUCCUGUCCACAUUCAUCACCCCAGGGAUGCGCUUCCUCCUCAACCAGCAGAUCUGCCCGGUGUUCCACCACGCUGGGAUGGUGCUGCUCAACUCCCUCCUGCGGACCCUGCCUGUGCGCAGUUCUGUGGACGAGCUCGUUGGCAUUGACUACUCCCUCUUGAAGGAUCCUGUGGCCUCUGUCAGCAACCUGGACUUGGAAUUCCGGGGGGCCUUCUUCCCUUUGGCCGAGAGGAACUGGAGCCUGCCCAACCAGGCAGUGGAGCCCCAGCUGCAGGAGGAGGAGCGGAUGGUAUACGUGGCCUUCUCGGAGUUCUUCUUUGACUCUGCCAUGGAGAGCUACUUCCAGGCAGGGGCUCUGCAGCUGUCGCUGGUGGGGGACAAGGUGCCCCACGAUCUGGAUAUGCUGCUGCGGGCCACCUACUUUGGGAGCAUCGUCCUGCUGAGCCCAGCAGUGAUUGACUCCCCGAUGAAGCUGGAGCUCCGGGUCACAGCGCCGCCGCGCUGCACCAUCAAACCCUCUGGCACCACCAUCUCCAUCACUGCGACUGUCACCAUCGCCCUGGUCCCGCCCAACCAGCCUGAGGUCCAGCUGUCCAGCAUGACCAUGGACGCCCGGCUCAGCGCCAAGAUGACACUCCGGGGGAAGGCACUGCGCACACAGCUGGAUCUGCGCAAGUUCCGAAUCUAUUCGAACCAGUCUGCACUCGAGUCACUGGCACUGAUUCCUUUGCAGGACCCCCUGAAGGCCAUGCUGCAGGUUGGGGUAAUGCCGAUAAUCAACGAGCGGACCUUGCGUGGGGUGCAGAUCCCCCUGCCUGAGGGCAUCAACUUUGUGCGUGAGGUGGUGACGAACCAUGCGGUGAGUAGGGGCAAGGGGAAGGAGAGGAGAGCUGCCCCACCCUCUCUAGCUCCCCAGUGCCCUUGCCUUCCAGGACCAGAGCCCUCCCUUCUCGGUUGCCCCCUCUCAUUUUAAUCCUACACCAGCCACCUCCAGUCCUUUGCACAAGCCAUGAUGCCGUCUCCUUGGAACAAUCUUCCCUGACUCCACCCCCAGCUCCUACUGAUCAUUCAGGUCUUAGCUAAGUGGUCUCCUCCUCCAGGAAGCCCUCUGCGACCCCUACAGGCUGUGAUCCCUCAGCCUCUGUUUCAGCACCAUUCACACACUGCUGUGCUGCUCCACUCUCCUACUAGACUGAGACCCCCCCUCUGCCUUGCUGUACAGGGCUUCCUCACCAUUGGGGCUGACCUCCACUUUGCCAAGGGGCUGCGCGAGGUGAUUGAGAAAUACCGGCCUGCUGAAGCCAGGGACCCCUAGGCAUCCAGUGGCCCUCCAUCUUCUACAGCAACUGCUUGAGCCCUCUGACCUUACCCUGGGAGCUGACAUUCAGGACUCCGGUCCCUCUCAUCCCUUCCUCUCCCCGCCCCCCGCACAGCCUGUAGUAGCCCCUUUAACCCCUGGUGCCUUGGAGAAGACAAAGUUUUAAGCUGUCCCAAUUUAAUUCCAUAAUCACAGUCAAUUCAUCAAUUACAGUCCGUCCACACCCCCCCCCCCCCAGGGCCUUCCUGAGCUCAGCUGGGUUCCUGGGGUGGGAUCAGUGCAUUAGAAGGCAUCUGUUAAGCAGGAAAGGGAGGCAGCACCCCCCUCCCCAGUCAGGGUCUACUGUGGGAAUAAAGUGUUAACCACC